UACGUAACAAAUUUCCCAUCAUACUCUUCGCGUACGCUUCACAAAAAGCCAGCUGAGACCGCCGACAAGAGGAAGACGAGCUAUACAAUCGGCAGUCGUUUGUUCGGAGUUGACUUUUAUUUGCCGGUUUCUGUCAAAUAAAGUGAUCAAAAAUAUUGAAAGGAACGUAAGGGGGAAAAAAGCCGCAACCAGACGGACACUCGCCUCCGAAAGUGGCACCUGUUUGGCAUAUGAGUGGCAUGUUUUCCAUCGUCGCUUCGUCUUCAGGGGAUCUUGCUGAUCGAGUCCGUCCUGAUCCACUGUGCUGCACGCGGCGAUGACAACAGCCACCCCGCAGGUGAUGAGAGACCGGCUCCUUCAGGCCAUCGACAGCCAAAACAAUGUGUGCAAUAUGGUGGUGGUUAUAGAGGUGAUUUCUUUUUUGGAAACUUUUCCCAUCACUAAAGAAGUACUUGAGGAAACGCGCCUUGGAAAGCUAAUCAACGAUGUCCGAAAGAAAACCAGGAAUGCAGACCUCGCAAAGAGGGCCAAGAAUCUUCUGCGGAACUGGCAAAAGCUCAUUGAGCCAGGAAAGGGGGAAUCUCCAUCUAAGGGGCUUUCUGCCUCAUCCUGGUCUUUCAAGGGCACUUCCUAUCACUCCCCGGGAACCAUCUCGCCAUCUGGUAAAACUGGGCCAGAGUUAAAGAGUAGAAAUGACUUUAAUAACUGUAGUCCUGGAUUGGGAAAACAGAGGAAAAGGAAACAUGUGGCUGACCAGAAGAGGACGGAACUCUUACCAUCUAAGACAGCCCAGAAUACUCUUUCUGAUAAAACUGAAAACUCUGAAAAAGUGCUCACCAACAGACUAGAUGAGACUGCUGACACUGGAAGAAGCGUUCAUGUGCAUUGUGCUUUACACAGUGAGGUUCCUGAGCCUCUGGAAAAUAGCAAAUUAAGCAAAAUUCCAGUACAUGCUGUGAAACCAAAUGCUGCCGGAUGCAUCAAGCCGAGUAAAUCCGUUCUCCAAAAUUCAGGAGCACAGGACGAGACAUUGUCUGCGGGGCUACCUAAAGGGCCAAGCCACUCUUUGUACAAUCAAACUCCUGAACAGGAAGCUUUUGGGAAACAAACUUUAACCCAAGCCCAGAAUAGUCCCAGUCAAAAUGCGAUGACUGGGAUGAUUGACAGUUCUGACGUUGAGGUGUCUGCGCACUCUUUCAGCGUUAAGGAUUCUUCACAUUUGGGUUCUCAAAAAAACAACGUUUUCCACAACUUGGCUGCCUCCUCUUGCAACAAGGGAAAUAGUUUAUCCGGGGAUGAUCCUAUUAUCAAUAUAGGGAAGAAAAAAAGGCAAAAAUACAGGCCUAAAAACUACAUUGUCAAUCUAGACGGACACAGCGUUGAAGACAGCAGCAAAACAGUCAAGUUAAAAGACAGAAGUCUCACGUUUAAUCCCCUUACAGGUCAGAUCACACCCACCUGUCAUAAAGACUCACCGCACAAGGGGGAUGCCACCCAAAGCCAUAGAAAUGAUCUGCAGCAGUCAGAGGAGCCGAAGCCGAACUCACUGAUAACUCCUAAUCCUUAUCGGCAGACAGACUGGAAAGCAUUAUCAAGGAGUGAAAUAAUCCAGUCCUACCUCAGCCAACAAAGCAACGUCCUGACGUCAUCAGGCACCCACAUUCCUGGAGCCCAUUUCUUCAUGACUGAAUUCCUGAAAAAAGAGGAGCCCUGGACUCGAGAUACGACGAAAUGUCACACAUUGACUUCAGAUGACCCACCCAAAGAUUUACCCGGAGUCAGCAGAGAAAUCUGUAAAGAAGAUUUGAGUAGAUUACAGACUCAACACUGGUCUGGGGUUAAUGGUUGCUACGACACAAAGGGCAACUGGUAUGACUGGACAGAGUGCAUCUCCUUAGAUCCAUGUGGCAACGAGAGCAGACUGAAUAUUUUGCCCUAUGUUUGUCUGGAUUAAAUCUGAUGUCAGAAUUUUUUAGGGUAUAACAAGACUUAACUGUGAAGUUAAACAUUUUUGCAAAGUAUUUCUGCAACAUGUUUGCUGCUUUUUAUUAUCUGAAAUUAAGAAAAUGUUCUUCCUGCUUGUGUGUUUUUGGAGCACUGAUGGCAUGGGCGUGGUUUUUGUGAAAACUCUUUAAGAAUUGUUUGAGUGACAAAAAAUAUAAAUUUUACUAAUCAUUUCAUGUUGUAUAUAUUGCACUGUUUAAUACUUUUUACAGAUUUCAAAAAGGAAGCAGGAAAUAAAUGGCUCUAAUCAUUAAAAAAUAAAUUAGAGUGAUCCAUAACAAUACAUCUUUGAUUUUUUUUUUUUGGCUAAACAGCAUUGCUUUACAAGAUUUUUCUAAAUGCUCUGAAUAAAGUAAAGAUUCUUGUUAAAUGUAUUUUUAUUUACUGACCUUGCUGAAAAUAUUACCAAAACGUAGCACAUAAGGCAACUUGAAAUAAUGUUAACACAGAUCCAAUAGAUCUAUUGGCCAGAUGUAUUGAUUAUGGUACAUGGGAUUAUUGAUUGUGGUAUAUUUAAUUACUUAAGCUGUUUUCCCAUAGAUGAAUGGAUUUGUAGAUGAAUAAAGAGUAAAAACUGUUCUGUUUAAAGUGCAAGUAAAAA